UUCGGCGAGGCGCGCCUGCCUCUCCCUCGUCUCCACUCUCGUCUCCCGCUCCCGACGCGCGCACGUGACGUCAUCGCACAGCGACUCUGUAGUCUCGGUCCACGUCCGGCGGGCGGCUCCGCGAUCGACGAGACGCCACCCGCAAGCCUUCGCGCGUCCAGGAGGUGGCGAUGUUGACUCUGGCUUAGAAAAGGUCAAAAAAAAAAGUGGGGGGGGGGGCGGAAUCUCCUCUGACUUCAUUUUGAUGCUCUCAUUGGAGUGAAGAUUUUUGCUGAAUUGGCGCUUGAAACGCUCCCCUGUGAUGGGGCUUCGGUUGGGGGAGCUUUCGUGAGCUCUCCGCGGAUCACGUGACCGCAGAGAACACUUCCUCCCUUCAGUUGCCACGGUGACGGGCUCCCUCCUGCUCCUCCUCCUCCUCCUCCUCCUCAUCAUCUUCCUCGGCGUGUCCACUUGCUCGUCAUUGCUGGCGUCAGGAUGGCAGAGAAAGGAACCAGGGUGUUUAAAAAAGCAAGUCCCAACGGGAGGCUCACCGUCUACCUGGGGAAGAGAGACUUUGUGGACCACGUCGACCGAGUGGAGCCCGUUGAUGGCGUCAUCCUGAUCGAUCCCGACUACCUGAAGGAGAGAAAAGGUUCGGGGCAAAGUUCCGAGCCGCCGCGGCUUUCCCGAACGCUUUUGCGGACGCGGCCGCGCUUUGCUUGUUUUGCAGUCUUUGUGACGCUCACCUGCGCUUUCCGCUACGGCCGCGAAGAUCUGGACGUGCUGGGCUUGACCUUUCGCAAAGAUCUCUUUGUGGCCAACGCGCAGGUGUUUCCUCCCGUCGGCGAGGCCGAGAGCGACGUGACCCGUUUGCAGGAACGUCUGAUGAAGAAACUGGGAGAGCACGCCUACCCCUUCACGUUCCAGAUGCCGCUCAACCUGCCUUGCUCCGUCACGCUGCAGCCGGGCCCCGAGGACACCGGAAAGGCCUGCGGCGUGGACUUUGAAGUCAAAGUGUUUUGCGCGGACAACGCGGAGGAAAAGAUUCGCAAAAGGAACUCGGUGCGUCUGGUGAUCCGCAAGGUUCAGUUUGCCCCCGAGAAAGCCGGGCCGCAGCCGGCCGCCGAGACCACCCGCCACUUCCUGAUGUCGGACAAAGCGCUCCACCUGGAGGCGUCUCUGGACAAGCAGAUUUACUACCACGGCGAGCCCAUCAGCGUCAACGUUCACGUCACCAACAACAGCAACAAGACGGUGAAGAAGAUGAAGGUGUCAGUGCGACAAUACGCCGACAUCUGCCUGUUCAACACGGCGCAGUACAAAUGUCCCGUGGCGUGCCAGGAGUCCGAUGACGCGGUGGCUUCCAGUUCGACCUCCUGCAAGGUUUUCACCCUGACGCCGUUUCUGUGCAACAACCGAGAGAAGCGAGGCCUGGCGCUGGACGGCAAGUUGAAGCACGAAGACACCAACUUGGCCUCCAGUACGCAGUUGCGCGAGGGCGCCGACAAGGAGAUGUUGGGCAUCGUGGUGUCGUACAAAGUCAAAGUCAAGCUGCUGGUUUCUCGAGGCGGGCUCCUGGGAGACUUGGCCCCCAGUGACGUGUCCCUGGAGCUUCCCUUCACGCUGAUGCACCCCAAGCCUUGCCAAGAGUCGGCGCACGGCGAAGAAAGUAAGGCCGGGGACGUCUUCUCAUCUGCCUUGUCUUGCAGCCGCCGACCAAGCGCCGAGCGACGCCAACCUGAUCCAGUUUGACGCCACCGGCGGCGGCGGCGGCGGCGAUGACGACGACGAGGACGACGACAUCGUCUUUGAAGACUUUGCCCGUCAGCGGCUUAUCGGCACAAAAGAGGACGAGGACGAAGAGGCGGCGGAGGUUCACGACAGAUAGAGCGGGGGCCGAGCGGGGGCGCCGCCCGCAGGUCCCGGAAACGCUCUGCGGCGCUCGUUCGUCUUCUGCGACGCGUCUUCGGCCGACGACCGGGCGGAGCGGCCUCACGCGUCAUUCGACGUCCACUCGGAUUGGACUUUGAGCAUCUGCAUGCGACCGGUUUCUCACACCGGAUGUGUUCAUUGUCGGGCGCAAACGACAUGCCAUCGGUUUCCCCGUCGCGUCUUCCGACAGUGCGGACGAGUUUGUGAGCGGAGAUGGCGCGGGAACACGUCAAACGCAUCUUUUUUGAAAUGAGUAGGAGAGGG